AUGGUCGCUUAUUAUGGCGGUACUCAAGAAGGUGCACCCGACGUGAAAAUCUGGAUACAGUCUUACAAGGGUGGCCAAUGGGACUCUCCAACCAUUGUUGACGAAGAACCGAAAGUUCCAAUGUGGAAUCCGGUGCUAUUUAAACAUCCUUCGAACGAGUUGCUCAUAUUCUAUAAAAUUGGUCUAGAUGUUCAAAAAUGGAGUGGGUGUAUGAAACGAUCUAACGAUGGUGGGGCCACUUGGUCCAAGAGAGAACAGCUUCCUCCCGGCAUACUGGGACCGAUAAAGAACAAGAUAACUAAGGAUUCAGGCAAGUCGUGGAAUAAAUACGGGCCUAUAUACGUUCCAAACAUAACUCAGAGUGUUAUCCAGCCUGUUCCUUACAAGACUGCCAAAGGUAACUUGCGUGUUCUCUUGAGAUCUUCUGAUGACAUCAAAAGAGUUUGCAUGUCAGAGUCCAAAGAUGGCGGCCUUACCUGGGAAUACGCUAAGCCAACCGAACUACCAAAUCCAAAUUCAGGAAUUGACGGGGUCAAGUUAGCCGAUGGCCGUUUGGUACUUGCUUACAAUACAAUCUCGCGUGGCGUGCUCAAAGUCGCGGUUUCUGAGGAUGACGGUGAUUCUUGGAGUGAGGUCGCCACAUUAGAGGAAACUGAGGAAAUGGAGUUUUCUUAUCCUGCUGUUGUUCAAGAUAGUGAUGGAUUAGUUCACAUCACUUACACAUAUAACAGGGCACAAAUCAAGCAUGUCGUUCUUAAACCGAAUUGA